AUGGGAAAUCAGUGGGUUUGGGGGCUUCAUCUCUGUUUCUUAAGCAUGUUUUUGGUUGCAACCAAACAUACUUGUCUGGGUGCUCAAAAUUCGACAAGAAGCUGCCAUGAACGAGAGAGAUUAGCACUACUCGAGUUCAAACACAGCGUCAAAGAUGACUUUAAAGUGCUCUCAUCAUGGGUUGGCAUUGAUUGUUGCUCAUGGAAAGGAGUCCGUUGUGACGACGCCACCGGAAGAGUUGCCGCUCUUCAUCUCAGAGGAGAUUACAACUUCCUUGGUUACUACGGUACUGCUGAUUACUAUUCAGGGUAUUACUACUUAGAAGGUGAUAGCGUGAACGUAUAUUUUGGUGAGUUAAGGCAUCUGAAAUAUCUGGAUUUGAGUGGGAAUAAUUUUCAAGGAAGUCAAUUUCCUAAAUUCAUUGGAUCCUUCAAGCAGCUAAAUUACCUUAAUCUCUCUAAUACAUAUUUUAGUGGUACUAUUCCCCAGCACAUUGGAAAUCUCUCCAAUUUGAAGGUUCUUGAUCUUGGUUCAAUUUAUAUGCUCACGUCAAAUGAUAUGGCAUGGGUUUCUGGCCUUUCCUCACUUGAGCAUCUUGACUUGAGUGAUGUGGAUCUUUCUCAAGCAAACAAUGUUGAUAUGGUAUUUUACAUGAUUCCUUCAUUAACAUAUUUAAGUCUUCAACACUGUAGACUUUCUAAUGCUGAUCUUGGACUUCAUCUUAAUUCAAGUAAAAUACUUCCCAACAUUGAAUAUCUGGAUCUUAGCUCCAACUUCUUUGAAGGUCAACUCCCGCACUUUUUUCAAAACAUGACAUCCUUAACAUUCCUUGAUCUUUCAAACUAUAAUCUUAAUCUGGCAUGGAACUCUGUAAACCUGCUAAACAUAAUGCCUUCUUUAUCAGAAUUGCAUUUGUUUGCGUGUGGGCUUUACAAUGCCCCUUUUUCACCCACUUAUUUGAAUUCCAGUGCCCAUUCUAACAUACAAUAUCUUGAUCUUAGCAGAAAUUCAAUUGAGGGUAGAUUUCCAUCUGAAUUAAUGAACACCACUUCCCUAAAAUUCCUUGACCUUUUAGACAACAGUUUGAACUCAUCAAUUCCUGUCAUGCCUAACCUUCUAAAGCUCGAUGUUUCUUAUAAUAAGUUUGAGCACAUCGAGCUUGUUGGGAUUUGGAGACAAUGUCAUCUGAAGGAAUUAAGCGUUUCUGGUAAUGAUUUUGGAGGAGAAAUGUUAGGCCCAUCAUCAAACACGUCUGAAUGUUCCCAUUAUGCUUUAGAGGUGUUGGAAGCAGAUGAAAGUGAAUUAAAAGGUUCGAUUCCAGAAUCUGUUGGAAAACUAAACAAUUUAAGAGUCUUAAGUCUCUCCGUUAACAGUUUUACAGGUUCAAUUCCAAAAUCUGUUGGAAAACUAAACAAUUUAAGAGUCUUAAGUCUCAACUCAAACAGUUUUACAGGUUCAAUCCCUAAAGCUUUGGAGAGAUUAAGAUCUUUAGAAGUAUUAGAUCUGUCUUUUAACAAAUUAACCGGUCCCGUUCCGGCAUUCCUUGGAAAACUUACCAAACUUGACCUUUCUAAUAAUCAAUUGAGUGGUUCUAUCCCAGAAUCAUUGGGAAGAUUAACAGGUUUAAUUCAUUUAGGUCUGCAAUCAAACCUGUUAACUGGUACAAUCCCAGUUUCACUCGGGCAACUCACCAAACUCCCUUCUUUAGAUAUCUCUAACAAUUCUUUAGAAGGAGUGGUUUUGGAAGCCCAUCUUGCUAAACUCUCGAUGUUGAAGAACUUGGAUAUAUCUUCUAAUCAUAAGUUGAUUAUCAAUAUGUCACAUGAGUGGAUACCUCCAUUCCAACUGAAGAUUGUUAAACUUAGUUCUUGCAAGAUUGUAAAUGGAUUUCCACAGUGGUUGCAAAAUCAAAGGAAGCUUCAGCGGUUGUUCUUGUCUAAUGCUAGCCUAAAUGGUCUUCUACCAACAUGGUUACGGAAUAUGCCCAUGCUUUUAUAUUUAGAUCUCUCUCACAACAAACUAACUGGAUCAUUGAUAAACCUUCCAUUUAACGAAAAUAUCAUGUAUUUACUUCUAGUAGACAACCUUUUCAAUGGGUCAAUUCCAAGUUCAGUAUGUAGAAGAAGAAGGUUGGAAGUUCUUGAUGUUUCCGGCAAUCAGUUAUCUGGAAAUAUUCCUGAUUGUGUAGGGAAUCUACCAGACUUGGCGCUGCUUAAACUUGAUUCAAAUAGGCUGUCUGGAGUCCUUCCAAGUUCUUUAGGAAAUACUUCCUCAUUAAAAUGGUUAAAAUUAAAUGACAAUAACUUCAAUGGCCAAAUCCCACAAGAUCUGAGAAAUCUGAAAUACUUAGAAGUUUCAGAUUUGGGCAAUAACGAAUUCUCCGGAACCAUACCAAAAUGGAUUGGAGAAGAGCUUUGGGCAUUGAGGAUUCUGAGGUUGCAUAAAAACAACUUCACAGGAGGUAUUCCUCAUUCUUUGUGCCAAUGUUCAUAUCUUCAUAUUUUGGAUGUCGCACACAACAGCUUAACAGGAUCCAUCCCUCAUUGUUUUGGAGAGUUAAGCUGGAUGAAUGGGACAACAGAUUCAUAUGGUGAUGGACCACGUUACAGUGACUUUGGUCUGGUCAAUGUGUUUCAAGUCAUUAAAGGAAUGGAGCUUGAAUAUACAAAAACGACGAAUUUAGUUGUUAACAUGGACCUUUCAAGCAAUAAACUUACAGGAGAAAUCCCUCCAGAGAUAACUACACUUGCUAUGUUGAUGGGUAUCAAUUUAUCUCAUAAUCAUCUGAGUGGGAGUAUUCCAGAUAGCAUUGGAAAGAUGAAGGCGUUAAAUUCUAUCGAUUUCUCAGACAACCAAUUAAACGGGACAAUCCCUCCAAGCAUGGCAGCUUUGAACUUUUUGGAAUUUAUGAAUUUGUCACACAACAACUUGUCAGGAAGAAUUCCAACCGGAAAUCAAUUGCGAACACUUAUUGACCCAUCAAUGUAUGCUGGUAACAGGGAUCUCUGUGGCGCACCUCUGCCAAAUAAUUGUUCCAAUGAUGAAAACCCACCAGCCACAACAAGCAAGAACAAAUACAAAAAGGCUAAUGGGCUAAGGAAGGUAUGGUUUUACUUGGACAUAACGUGUGGAUUUGCAACAGGUUUUUGGGGUAUUAUUGGAGUUUUGGCAUUCAAGAAGCAAUGGAGAAGGAAGCUUUUUAUAAUUGCAGAGGUAACCAUGGAGAAGGUAUAUGUGGCGGUUGCAGUGAAGAUUUCCAAGAUUAAAAGAGGCACAGAAGCCUAA